GUAAAAAUGAAAACCCAUCUACUCAAACUAAACUAGUUUUCUUUCUUCAUCUCUUGAGUUGAGUUGUUUUGUCGUAGUCGUUCUCGUUCUCGUUGUCGGAUUCGGAAUCUGCGGAAUGUUGUUUAGUAAAUUAUAAAGCCCAUAACUUGACUACCAUAUUACACACGGAAAGUAAAUUCAAGUAUCUAAAAAGAUUUCAACAAGAUUUAUCCGUGAAUUUGUUAGCAUUGAACAUUAAAUUCAAAUUUUCCAAUUGAUUGUGAAUUGAAUUUAUAUUGUGCCCACCUACGCAAUUUUUACCUAAGUCCCGAAGCUAUUUAUAAUUUAGUAUACCUACAAACAUACAAAAAUGUCUCGUAACAACAGCAAAACCAAUGGAUUACGAUUCCUAUGGAUACCUGGAAGAAAAUCGCAUUCCAAAGGACGUUAUAAUGCAACGAAAAAACGUAUUGAUUAUAGUUCAAGUCAAAAAAGAAACGAACAGUGGUCGCUCGGAGGCACCAAGAAUCAACGAAAUUUAUUGCAACCAGAAGGCUUAGAAAGUAGUCCAUCAGUAUCUGGACUAUUACCAGUUUCAUGUGCUGCAGUGCCAAGUAUUGCUUCCACAUCAGAAAUGCCUGCGUUAACAGAAAAUAAAUUUAGUGUUUUGGCGAAGAUUGAUGACAGCUAUGAGCUUCCGUCCCCACCUAAUGAAAGUCAGAGUGGAAAACAUAAUGGAAGCAACAACCAUGUUUCAACGAGUGAUCUUAUAAGCGAUUCAACCUCGAAUCACAAUUUAAAGAAAAUCGAUGAAGAUCUCGAAGAUGAUUUGCCAUCUCCACCUAAUUGCGAAGACCAUCACAGUGAUGUUGCAAGUGAAAACAGUCCCCAUAAGAAACAUUCGAGUAUAAAUAAAAGGAGAUCAUAUAAUAAUUAUCAUCCAGAGGUUGACAUCAAUUCAAUCGAAAGUGUGAGCGAGAGUAAACUUCAAUAUUCGGACUUAGACAUUACAGAUGGUGUUUACAGUAAUUCACACAAUAAUAAAAACUCUAAACGAAAGAAUAAAAAAAAUAAACAAACGAAAAAUAAAAAUACUGGAGCAAAUGAAGAAGAAGACGAAAAGAUUGUCAAAUGCUUGUAUUACACUCUUAUGUGUUGUGAAUGUACAAUAUCAUAAGAAAAAAAACUAAACGCACAACAAAAUAACAUAUUAACAUAUUUUUUUACAAAAUAGAUUUAAAUCUACAUUUCCAUGGCAAUUAAAAAACAAAAAAAUAUCUCAUAUUAUUCGUAUAUAAGAAAUCUCCUAAACAUGCCAAACUAAGAUUCUAAACUCUAUACAUUACUUCUUAAUAUGUACACUUUUUUGAAAUUAAAUAUUAACGCAACUAUUAUGCGUUAGCAUAUUUAAUUAGACAUAGAAGAUAUUUAAUUAAAAUAAAAAAAAAACUUAUUUUAUAUACAAAAUUA